AUGACUGGUUUCGGCUUCUCGACGCCCAUAUCUGACUUUUGUGAACAGGUGCUUGGUAGUCAAAUAGUUUUCGUUCUUUUCUUUUUUGGGUCUUGGGCCUGUGAAAUAGAAUAUACCUUGCAUAGUGCAUGCACUAAUCACUGCACACAAAUCAACCAUUACGCAGUGGUGCUUAGUGGGCCAAAAGAACCACACCGUUUUUUCUUUUGUAGUGGUCCUUUUUCUUCUUACUUCAUGACGGAUGGGAACCAAAGGGAGCUGUUUCCAGCUACAGCAACCGUUCUGCCUGUGCGAGAUAAAAAAAUCCCUAGCACGGCCAUCCACUUGGUUCUGGGUGGCACUGCCGGAUUGGUUUCUGCAAUCAUGCUCCAGCCACUCGACUUAUUGAAAACCAGACUACAGCAGCAGCAGAAAAACAAUGCCUUCUACCGAACGAGUGUGCGCAAAGAGAUUGGCAAAUUGGCCAACAUCAAAGACUUGUGGCGAGGUGUUCUUCCCUCCACGUUGAGGACUUCUAUUGGGGCCGGACUUUACUUCACAAUGCUUUCGCAAAGCCGAACGUACUUGGCCAGCCUCAAAUCGACAAGUCAGGAAUCACGCUCCAGUGUAUUGCCCAAGCUUUCGCAUGCGGAAAACAUGGUCACAGGCUUUGUUGUUCGAGCUAUGGUGGGAGUCAUUACUAUGCCCAUUACCAUUAUAAAAACACGGUUUGAGUCAAGCGUUUACAGUUACAAUUCCAUGUACGAAGGGUUUCAAGGCAUCUAUUCUGAUGGGGCAAGCACCGGAGGUUCUAUGCGCAACUUUUUCAAGGGUACUGUUGCUACCAUGGCCCGUGAUUGCCCAUACGCGGGACUCUAUGUGUUGUUCUACGAAGGUUUCAAAAACGAUGUUUUCCCAACGCUAUUGACACUGGCGGGUGUUGCCCCAGCAUACUUAGGGAGUGUCACCAACUCCGCUGCAGCCAUAAUGGCCGCUUCCGUUUCCACCACCAUUACCGCCCCAUUUGACGCUAUUAAAACGCGCCUACAGUUGAAACUGGGCACUAGCAAGUCGCCGUCCAUUUUGUCGGUAACACGAGAAUUGGUUCUGGAACCUGGUGGAGUGCGUAACUUGUUCCGCGGGCUUUCGUUGCGGCUAGGAAGAAAAGGUGCGAGCGCUGGCAUCAGCUGGUGUAUAUAUGAAGAGUUGCUCAAGUUUUUGUGA